UCUAGGGAGAGGGAUGUGGCACCUGAAGCUGUGGGUUAGUAUGAAGAUGGAGAAGGGACUCGGGCUGCAGCGUUCCCAGGAGGGCCCUCAUUGCUGGAGAAGGUUCAUGUUGGAACUGCAGCUGCUGUUUGGUGGGAAAACAUCCACUCUUUCCCCUCAAGGGUUGACUCCAGCCCCUUCCAGAAGCCUCCUGAGUCACCAACCCCAGGUUCUCUGGAGCAGCUGUGCCCUGGGCUCCCUGGUGCUGCUUAGCCUGCUCUGGCAGCGUGUGGUGACAGUGGCUGCCCUUGAGAGCCGCCGCCAACUGUAUAUGUCCUCCCAGCGGGCUGAUUGCAACAGAGCCUCACUCACUCGAGUGCACCGGCAGACCUACGCACGCCUCUAUCCUGUGCUCCUGGUCAAGCAGGAUGGUUCCACCAUCCACAUCCGCUACCGGGAGCCUCGACAGAUACUCACAAUGCCCGUGGACCUGGACUCUCUGUCCCCAGAGGAGAGGCGUGCACGGUUCCGGAAACGAGAGGCCCAGGUCAAAGAGAAGGAGGAGGAGCCAGAGCUCGGUGACGACUUCGAUGUGGAGCAGUACAAGCAGUUUUGGACCAAAAAGUGAUGGUGCCUGGAAGCUGCUCUGACCGAGGGGGAUGCUAUGGAGCAGGGAGGGGCAUGUGUCUUUAAAUCAUGUGUUCACGAA